CGACUGUUUGCAAGCGUUUGGUAAUCGAAAGAUAUCGCUGUAUUUCUUUCCAUCAUGGCAUCGUCUGCGCUGAUCACCGUCCCCACCACCGCCUCCCGUUUCGCUCUGCUUCAGAUCGAUUCGGACUCGGACACCGACACCUCCGAGGCAGGGAAAACCAAUGCUAAAGGCGGACGGGACUCCGGGAAGAACCGGCACGGCAAGGCAGCAGGGAAAGCUACGCAGAACAACGACAAGAAGAAAGACAAGAAAAAGAAAAGGAGAGAGCACCAGCAGAGUGAGGCUAACGAGUUACGAAAUCUGGCCUUCAAGAAGAUCCCUCAGAAGUCCUCUGUCCCACCUCCCGUUACGACGCUUCAGGGAAUUGCCAAUGAGCUCCUCCAUCCUGUAGCAGUAGACCAUGCUAUACCUUCUGAAGGAUGGCAGCAAUGGAAGCAGAGGGAUGAGCAGAUAACCAGUGAGCUGUAUGAGGCAGACUUAGAGAAGGCCUUGAUCCUCAGCAAACUAGAGUAUGAACAACAGAAGCAGAACACCACAGACAUGGCAUCACCCAAGUCCCGAGGAGGGAAAGAGGGGGGAGGAAAGAAGGAGAAGAAGAAGAAUCAGCAGGGAAAAGACAAGAAGACAGUUUCUCUGCAGGACUUCCAGGCUGAAGGCAGUGCUGAGAAUCUGGGUAAGAAACAAGAGAAAGAGGAAGCCAGAGCCGCCAUAGUAGCAGUGGGGUCGGGACAAGAGGAGCGGUUCUUUAACAAACUGGAAAAUGAUGUCAGUCAAAUCAUCCAACGGGAGAAGAGACGUGAGCAGUACGCCAACAGUCAGGGGCAAGAGGUCAACACGUCUACGGAACAUGAACUGGACCCGCGGGCGGAGCAGCUAAAGUUUGAGCUGGAGAAGAAAGACCAGGAGAUUCAUAAACUAAAGAAGACCAUCUCGCAGUGGGAGGUGAAAUAUAAAGAGGUGAAAGCAAGAAAUGCCCAGUUGCUCAAGAUGCUUCAGCAGGGAGAGAUGAAAGAUAAAGCAGAGAUCCUUGUACAGGUGGAAGACCUUCUAAAUAUCAAAGAAGAGCUGUCAUCACAGGUUAGAUUACUGCACGGUGCUCUUGAACAAGAGAAGUCUAAAGUCAAAGGUCUAAAAUCAGAACAACCGAAACAUCAGGGAAACAAGAAGGGGAAGAAAGGUUCAGAGUCAGAACUGUGAAGAUCCCAAGAGUUGUUCAUUGCAAAAAUAAACAAACAAAUGAAGAAAACUGCUGCUGAUUUCCAUCAUGAACCCCUCCCCUUUGUUUUUCAGCACACUAUGCAUGCUCCUCUCUUACAGACACUCAAGAGACAUACACACUCCCACAUGUGCAUACAGACAUGUAUACAAAAAGACACUUAAAGACACAACCCUGACUUAGUGGGAUGUAUUGCACAGCUAAAGAUUAAAAAAAAAGCUAUUGAAAAUGCACUGUAUUGAGUUUCUAUAUUUUGAGGAGACACUUUUGAAUCCAAUCCUGCCUUCUGUAGACAAAAUGUCACAAUCUCUACAGUACUUACAGUACCAUUCUCCAUUUGAACUCAAAGCACGCUGUGUUCCCCAAAUUUAUAUGGCCAGGGUUUGAUGCCAAAAUGAUGUAUGAAUAUGAAAUGUAUGUUUUUCUUUUUCCCAUUAUC